UCGUUAAACACAUUUAUAUAUCACGGUGCGUUAAACCAGACAAGGUGUACGGAUCCGCGAUAUCCCUCUCAACCAGUUAAAGAAGAAGCUUUUCAAAUUCAUCACACAUUGUCGAUUGUCGAAUAAAAACAAUAACUUAUUUUACGUGACGUCACUCAAAAUCAAGGUGUAAAAGUUUACUUGAUAUGCGAAUACGUUUUUUUUUUUUUUUUUUGAUUACUACAAGCCAUAAACGAGUAGUCGGUUGUUAUAGUUAGUUGAACGAUAUGUUCAUGAAGUUUUCGCGAUUUUCUCGGACAUCGAAGAACUUUUUUUCGUGAAAUAUUUUUCAUUUAUACCGGUUUCGUUUUAUGUACCAGCAGUGCAAUUUUUUGGAUUAAAAUUAUUUUUUAAGAAGAUAUCGCCAUGUUCAUGAACGUAGCCACGAUAGACGUCAGCCAUUCCGAAGAUAUGGACAAACGGCCGCCAAAUUACAGCGCCAGUUAUACGAAUCCUGUAUUUACCGAGGAUCCGAAACCAUGUUUUAUUUCGAACGUAAUGUCUCGAGUCAAUUUCGAGUCAGAAAGAGACAAAUCGUCUCAGCAGAUAAAAAACGACAGCCGAGUAUCGAUCGCAGAUUUCAGCAUCGCCGAUACCAAAGACUACGAUCCUCACGAUUUCUGCAACAGCAAGAAACCCACAACGUACUGCGACACGUUGGUGCAUUUGCUCAAGGCCGCCAUCGGUACCGGUAUUUUGGCCAUUCCUAGCGCCUUCAAAGAUGCCGGAUACGCGGUCGGUGUAGUCGGUCUCAUAAUAAUGGGCGCCUUUUACACGUACUGUAUUCAUAUGUUGUUAUCCAGCGAAUACGAACUCUGCAAGCGGAGACGACAAGUGAACAUGAGUUAUGCCGCAACAGUGCAGGCAGCUUUCGAAGAAGGUCCCAAGAGGCUACGUUGGUUAGCCGGUGUAGGCCAAUUCGCCGCUAAUUUCUUCUUCAUGUUGUACGAAAGUGGAGGAUGCGCCGUGUACAUUAUUUUCAUAUCGAGUAAUUUGAAGCAGUUGUUGGAUUACUACUUCGAGGCGGAUUUCAAUCUUCGAUUGAUCAUGGCGUAUGUGACUAUUCCGUUGAUUCUAUGCUGCUGGAUACGUAACCUGAAACUGCUCGCUCCGUUAUCGGCAAUAGCCAAUGUCCUAAUGGUGAUCAGCUUCUGCCUCGUGUUCUGGUACGUUUUCCAACAAGCACCCUCGUUCGAAGGACGUCGCGCAAGAGGCGAACCCAGCAAGUUACCCAUGUACCUGACCACGGUGCUGUUUUCAGUCGCUUCGACCGGACUGAUUUUGCCUUUGAAAAACGAAAUGAAAAGCCCGAAAAGUUUCAGCACACCUUUAGGAGUAAUGAACGUCUCCAUGAUACCGAUCUCGUUUCUCUACGUAAUCUUCGGAUUUUUCGGCUACCUCAAAUACGGCGACGAUAUCAAAGGCAGUAUUACGUUGAAUCUACCCCAAGCCGAAGGUUUGGCUCAGCUAAUCAAAGGAUUAUAUUCGUUGACGAUAUUCAUCUCGUAUCAUCUGUGUUAUUACGUAGUCUACGACAUAGUGUGGAAGAACUUUUUACAAGGUAAAAUUCAAACUAAAAAAUUAUUCUGGGAAUACGUGAUGCGAACGCUAAUACCGGUCGUUACGUUCUUAAUGGCGUGCGCCAUCCCGAACUUAGACUUGUUCAUAUCUUUGGUCGGCGCUGUCGGCAUAAGCACAACAAGUUUGGUAAUUCCGAUUAUAACUCAUUGGUUGGUCUUUUGGGAUCACUACACGAGUAUUACGAAACGUUCGAUAUAUUUCAUAAAGAACCUCCUAUUAUUAUGUAUUUCCUUAAUGAUAUUCUUCACCGGAGUUACCGAAAGCGUAUCCGAUAUAAUCAAGACUUAUUAUAAAUAAUUUCGUUUCGACGGAAACGACGAGAAAAAAAAAUCCAAGGGCCUAAUACAAUUAUCGAAUUAACACCGCCAUCGCGUCAGAACGAUACUCAAUUUCGAUAAUUCCCGAUUUCCGAGACCUCAAUUUUCUCAGCAAACAACAAGAUCGCUACCCUCUCGUUAUAUUACGAUACGACCUAGUUUUUAAUCUCGCACAUAAUAGCGUAAAUAGUGAGGUAGCUUUUCAAGCAACAUUUUGAUGACGCACGAACGUACAUUGACAAAUUUACGUAACAAGGCGUACACACGUGCUACUUGUUCGUAGGUAAUCGCGAAUACGAAAAACAACGUUUUAAUCGCCUCCGAUUAUACUACGUAGGUUCCUCUAUUAUCAUCUCGUGGUCGUGUCGUAUUAAUUUCACUAUCUUCGGAGAUCGAAAGUACAUAUACGUCUAUGUACUCGUACAAUCGUACAUUGUACAGCCUAUGUACCUUUAUGAAUCGUAUUAUAAAUAACAUCGAAAAAGAAAAUUUUGAAGGUCCUUAUUUACUCCCUCCCUCCCUCCCUCCCUCCACCCACUUCGUCUAAAGCACUCGCAUCUUGGUCGACAAAAAAGGAAAACAAACUCGAAACCUUGGAAUUUCCAUCCAACUGGAAAAAAAUUAUAUCUGGUAAAUUGGUCGGCGUAAAAUGCAUAUUAAUGAGAUAAGCACCGCAUCGAUGACCUAGUAAUCGUAUAAUAAUAUUAAAAUGCAAAAACGCACGUCGCGUCGUCGUUAGUUCGCCGCGAAUCAUCAAAAAUUACACUUCUAAUUAAUGCAAAACACCCCGCCAGAGGUGAAUUUUUUUCAUUUUUAAGGAAUCUCAUCGGUAAGACGCCAUAAAUUAUAAUUAUUUCCCAUAUUGAAAACAGAAAUCUGUACGUCUGGCAAAUUAUACUUGUAUAAAAAUACUCGUAUCAUUGACGCAAAAUCUAAUCUAAAUAAACGGCGUGAUGCGGAGUAAUUUACAAAUUUUUUCUUCUCUUUUUUUCGACAGUACGAAUAGGUAGGUAUAAUGUACAAAUGUGUACGCAUAAAUCGCCAACGUGAUAAUUUUUUUUUUUUCGAAUAAAAUACACAUUUGUAUAGUUAUCGAUAAGUAAAUUAAUUACGAUUGACUAUCUACCAUUGACUCAACAUUGAUUAAAGCGUCACGUCGUACAUGUUGGGAGUUCAAAUGAUAUGCAAAAAGCAUCCAGUUGGCGGGGAAGAUCCCCAGAGGAGUUCAUAGGUCAAUGAAAUUGUUUCGUUUUAAUUUCUCUCCUCUGCACACUUCCCUAUUCAUAUACUCCAGAUUAACCAAUUGUAGAUGAAAAUAAAUCUCGUAAUUGCAGAUAUAGUGUUGCUGUUUUUGUUAUUAUCGUUCAUUAAAACAAAAAAAAUAAAUAAGAGAUCGGGAAAUGUAAACAAAUCAAUCAUUUUUAGGUAUUAAAAUGUGUGCAACCAAACACGUACAAUAUGAUACCGCGGGAAUUUCUUUCGAUCUAUCAUGUUAUUCGAUUUUAUCAACACGUCUCAGUUUUUAUUUUGAUGUUUCAAAAUUCAACUAUUUGUUCAAUUUUUUGCGAUAAGAAUAAGAGAAAAUGAAACUUACAAGACGUGAAAAUUACUUAGAAAAAAAAUUAAGUCUUAAGACGAAAUUGAAAUGAAGUAAAAAAUAUAAAACAAAUAUGUAUACAGUUCCUCCUUUCGAAAAAAAAACAUAAUAUCAUAGUACUCUACUCAAGGAAAGGCUUUCAUUUUCCACGAAUAAAACUGGCUAAAAACUGUUUUUUUGAAAAAAAGACUGAUGACUACCUACUGAAAAAAAUGUACCACAAAAAAUGAAUCGUGAAAAAUCGAAAACCCUAAUAUCAAUCAAAUGGAAUGACAAAAUGACAAAGAAUUUUUUUGAUAAGUAUACAAAUUAGAACUCUUUAUUAAAAAAAGGUGAUCUCAAAUUACGAAAAUAGUAUUUUGGGUAUUUCAGAUACUAAUCAACUUCUCCUCCGUGAUCAGGAUGAUUUCCAAUCUUGCAAAAUUGAAUUUUCGACUUUUGUUCUCAAUCUUUCAGUUUCGUAAAAUCCUCCUCCCCAUCCAGAAAAAAAAACAAUUGAAAUUUUUUAGAUUUGAUUUAGGUACAGGAAAUUUUCAACUUUUGAUUAUUUUUGACCAAAUUUCACGAGUCUAUUUUUUACUACUUUCUGGCCCAAAUUUCGAGUUCUACUUUUUUCGACAGUACGCAAUGAAAAUUUUUAUAAAAAUAAGACUUUUUUACACAAUUAAAACGCCAAAACCAUCGACUUGUUUUUGUAUUUCUAGUUUCUUUUGACUAAAAUUCAGACAUUUCAUUGCAUUUCGGAAUUUUGUGGAUUUUACAAAUACCUACUUGCCUCAAAUCAUCUUCUACAGUUGAAAAAGGAGAAUAUGAGUUUAAUCAAUCAUUACGACUAAUUAAUUUCCUCCAUUUUACCUCACUAGUAAUAAAUGUCAUAUCCCUUUCUCCCCCCUCCAAAAUUAAAAAUAAGUAGAUCACAACACGAUCAAUUUCUACCUCAAUUACAUAAAAUGUACCGACAUUUUUCAUUCCUGCGACAAACGUCCUUUACCACCUACCACUUACCAGUCACCACCACUUCGACCAUUUUUGCCCCCCCCCCAAUUACCCACGUUCGCGUCCCUAAUUAGUAAUUACCCAGAGAAGAUACCUAAAUCAUGAGCUCAAAACUUCUCUACCAGUUCCUAAACCCUUCGAGAAAAAUUUCCUCUUGAGCAAUCAUAAAAAAAAAUCGGAACGUUUACUUAUUUAAGUAUAAUUUUUAAGUUAAUUAAGUAAUGUAAACUAUAAUUCGAAACUAGUCAAUUUCCAUUUAUCCGAAAUACGAUUACAAUUGUAUAGUUAUGUAUUUAUUAUGUACUUAAUGUAAACAAUAUUCAAAAUCUCAUUAUAACAAUUAAGACUGAAGGCUCUGCCGCCUAAAACUGCGUACCUAUUUUUCGCGAUGUAACAACUAAAUCAAAUCAUUUAUUCAAAAUCAUUUAGCUUUCUUCUCAUUUGGACAUGAUUGGAUCUCCCUCUAGAUCAUCGUUAGGUACCAUAUAGAUGCAUUACUAUACGUACCUGGUACCUAAGUUUCGAAAACCAAUUUAAAACUCGUAUAAUUUUCAACAAUUAAAAACGAUUAAAAGCGGAAAAAACAUUUAUUUUAAUUGUGAAGAAUUUUCCUCAAUGACAGCGUGUCCGAAAUUUUCAUUGUUUGAUGUGAUUUUUAAACGCGACAAUUAAUACAUGUUCGAGUAACAAAAUUUAUUUAUUAUUUUUCAAACAAUGAACAUUGAUGAGCUUGGUAGUAAUUUGAAUAAUAAUUUUUUUGACAGCUGCUAUUCGUUACGUAUUUAUACAAAAAAUACACCCAAUUUUUGCAUAUACUUUUUCUAUGUCACAUCUACUUAAAAUUAUUACACCAAUCGUAUUGGAUUUAAAAUGGAUUUAUAUUAUUUUUUUUUUUUUGUAAAUAAAAAUUAUUAUUAAAGAUGUUCUUUUCCUAAUGAAUUUAUUAUUUUCGUACAUCUAAUCGCGAUACUGAAUACGUUAGUACCUCUACCUACGUAAUUCAAUUUUGCGAAAAUUUAUUUCUAAUUGUUCGAAGUUUUAACGAUAUUUUGAUGCCAACUUUCAUGUAGAGACGCGCUGUGAAUUAUCUUCAUGGUACAAGAAAAAAAAAAUGACUCGAAAUUUACAUACAUACGUAACGUGUACCUAGACCUACCUAAUGUAUGAUGUUUUGUAUUUUUACUUUUUUGAAAAGAAUUCAUCGUGUGCUAUUUAUUUGAAAAACGCAUUUAGAAACAUUUUUAUUCCGUGUAAGUAAUUAGAAUUUUAGCUAUUUUACAAUGUGUACCUAUACUUGUAAAUUUGUUCGAAUAAAAGUUAAUUAUUUCAA